AAGUUGUCUCACAUCUGCGCCAGCCGGCUAAUCCGGCGGCCGGCGCCGACCAAUCAGCGACAAGCUCCGCCCUCGGAGGCGGAGUCUUGUGACGUCUGACGGAUAGACAUGUUUCCAUUGGCUGCGCUCGGCAACAAUUUGUUUGGGGAGGGCGAUAAACAUUUGGCAGGCGUUGUGUUACAACAGUUUACGGAGCGGCGGUGGGACCGGGCGCAGAGCGGACUGUGGGCUCAGUCGUCAGCCAUGGAGGUGCACGGAGAGACGGGCGCUGCCGGUGCUGCCGCCGCCGCCGCCGCCGGGCCGCUCGGGUACAGUGUGCGCGACAUCCUCGGACUGCGCGCCAUCUCCCAGUUCGCCGAGACGCCGCUCGACUUCCGGCUACCCGCGACCGGAGAGCCAGUGCGCUCUCCCAGCGAGCCGCCCUCAGACGCUUCGGACGAGCACGUGACGGUGGACAGUGACGACUCGGAGGGGCCGGCCGGCGAGCCACCGCAGCCGGCCGCGCUGCCGCCGCCGCCGGCCGAGACCGAAGACGGUGACGGAGACGGGGAGGGAGCGCGGACCGAGCCGGCCGCCGGCCAGACGGAGACGGACGGCGAGAAGAAGGCCGGCGCGCUGGUCAAGCCGCCCUACUCGUACAUCGCGCUCAUCACCAUGUCCAUCCUGCAGUCGCCGCAGAAGAAACUGACUCUCAGCGGCAUCUGCGACUUCAUCAUGAACCGCUUCAGCUACUACAAGGCCAAGUUCCCCGUCUGGCAGAACAGUAUCCGGCACAACCUCAGUCUCAACGACUGCUUCGUCAAGAUUCCGCGAGAGCCAGGUAACCCGGGUAAGGGCAACUACUGGACGCUGGACCCGGCCUCGCUGGACAUGUUCGACAACGGCAGCUUCCUGCGGCGCCGUAAGCGCUACAAGCGCCACCAGCCGGACCCGUUCCACGAGCUGUACGGCGCCGCGGCGGCCGCCGCCGCCGGCCGCCUCGAGCCGUACCGGGCCGCGCUCAUGAUGCGCCAGCCGACCGUGCCGCCGCACCCGCACCCGCACGCCCACCCACACGCGCACCCGCACCCGCACCUGCACCCGUACCUGGGGCCGAUGACGUUCGGCGCGCUGCCGCCGGCGCCGCUGCUGCCGCCGCCUGUCAUCAAGCCGGUGCCGGUGGCAGCGCCGCGGCCCGUCCGGCCGCCAGCAGCUCCGUUCAGCAUCGAGGCCAUCAUGGCGCGCGACUCGCAGCACUCGCCUCCGCCGCCGCCACCGGCGCCGCCGAUGGCCGCGCUGCCGUUCCGGCUGGCGGCGCAGGAGCUGUACCGGCUGCAGUGCUCGCUGGGCAGGUGAGGGCCGCUCCGGGCAGCGGCUGAGGUCGGCCGGUGGUGUGUCGGCAGACCCCGCGACCGGCAGCGUGUUAGUCGGGGCCGGACCGUGUGCCGACUGUUACACAAUGGCCGCCGGCCGGACCACCCGGUUUGACCCGGUAAUGCCGCCCGCCGCGCCGACACAGAGGAUAUUUAUCGCAUUCUGUUGUUUAAUUUAAAUAUGUUUUAGAUUGGCUGUUGUCGAUAGUGCGACCUGUGGCUAACAUGCACCGGGCUGCAGUGAGCGCGCUGGGGCCGCGACUCCCGGUCCCGGCUGGGUCGAGGCUCAGUGGGGCCUCGCGGGGUCGGUGGGCCGCCGGCCUGCACCCGGCGCCGCCUGUUGUUUCGAGUCGUUAUGAUCUCAGUGUAUGUGUGUGUGUGCGUGUCACUGACUGACCUGCUUUCAAAGAAUACAUAUUGGAUGUGCUCUGUA